GUGGGUGAAAACCAUUUGGACAUCAGUGCAGYGGUUGUGGCCUAAUGAAGAAUGGGCAAAUCCAGCCAUGAAGCUGCUCAGCAGAAGAAGUAGCAGCUGCAGGAAAUCUUAAAGGAGUUGGAAGCGUCUUCACUUCAUGAAGAUGGCAGCACCAUCCCAAACCGCCAGCGAGCUUCCCCUGGAGGAGCUGCUGGCUUUGUAUGGAUAUACAGUGUCAAAUCCAGAGAAGGAAACAUGUCUGAUAACCACCAGCUUACCAGACAUGAGACAGGACAAGGAUCAAAUAACUAAAGACCUGUUUCAUGGAAAAGAAGGGUCAGCUUGUGAUCUCACCUCCUCAAACACCUCAGAUCUGCUGUGCUGCCUUAAGGAUGAAGACAAAACCAUGUCUGUCAGCUCCUCAGAUGACUCCUCUGAUGGCUCUGAUCCCUCCAAUGAAGAGCACAAGGAGAUAAUGGUCGGCUCAAUGUAUCAAGCAAAAAUCCCUCCUAUAAACUCUUACUCCUGCCAGGAGAUAGCCUGCAGCAGCGAGGACCAGUUGUUGUGGAGGCCAGGUGUUCUCCCUGUGCAGGAAGAAGAGGAUUUUUUACUAAAUGUGCAGAGAUAUCAUGACCAGGAGGGGGCAGUAUGCAAUAAAGGUGCCAUUGUUCGAGACAACGAGCAGGCUUUGUAUGAAUUAGUCAAAUGUAACUUCAAUGCAGAAGAAGCUCUGAGGCGAUUACGGUUCAAUGUGAGAGUGUUCAAAGAGGAGCUUUGUUCAUGGAGCGAGGAGGAGUGCAGGAACUUUGAGCAUGGCUAUCGUGUUUAUGGGAAAGACUUCCAUCUCAUUCAGGCUAAUAAGGUACGAACACGCUCUGUGGGCGAGUGCGUGGAGUAUUACUACAUGUGGAAGAAGUCYGAGCGGCACAUCGACUUUAACCAACAGACCACCAGGAUGAGCCGAAAGAAGUACAGCCUGCAGUCAGAGAACAUUGAGGAUGAAGACCCGGAGGGAGAGGGGGGCGAUCUGAAGAGAGGCAACAUUUCCUCUGAGAUGUUGUCACAGAGCUCUGUGGGAACUGGGCAGCUGGAGUCUCCGUUACCUCCACAUGCAAACCUGGAUCGAAACAAACAAGACGGUGAGCUGCUGAUGAGUCUGUCAGAGCUGUGUGGUGACGAGUGCCCUCAGCAGCUCUUUGAGUGUCCGUUCUCUCUCCGGCCCGUGGACGACCCGCAGGAUCCCGGCUCUGACAGCGGUCCAGCCCGGCUCCAGUACCAGUCAUCGGCACAGAGCCCUGACUGGGCCUCGCCGCCCCGUCACCACCACGACUACGGCCUCCUGAACUCCUGCUUGUACCAGCUCCACAUGCGAGGUGGACCUUUUGUCUCUGAGGGCUCUGACUGUGAUCCAGCAGGCGGUGGGACUCAGGUGGAGUUCGGCCUGCCUUCCACCUCACCUUCCUCAUCCGCUGUCCUCUCAUCACACUUGCAGGCGUUUGGCAGCCUGCUGCACCCCUAACCUGUGCAGCAUCCUCGCCGACACAAACUGGGCGCUACAUUUUGUAAUUGGCUUUAUGGAAAGGGGGUUUGGGUGCUGGGCCUAAUGUGUUGGUUGUGGUUUCACCGUCAACUCCGAUUUAAAACCUCCAUCCAGCAACAACRAGCAUUUUACUUUCAGGCAUUGAUUAGUUAAUUACCUACAACUGAUCAGUUCGCAGAUCAGAAAGAAAAACUUAAAGCACAGUGCGGUUUGCUGAAAGCUGCUGUCCAGUUUGUCUUAAACGCAGCUGAGAAUCACAACUAAUUCAGAUUUAAAUUCUAAGAAAGGUGUCAGGUACUGGGAAUUGUUUUUUAAUUUUUUUUGUUUGUUUCUUUCCUCACGUUUUUUUUACCUGAAGAGUACGGAGCCUGUCCGAUGGCAUUGGAUAAAAAGUUAAUGCACGGCCACAAGAUGAUGUGUCCCACAGAGGUUGCAGCCCACAUUGGCCACACCCUACAUAGGCUGCCAGUGUAGGCUGCACAGACGGCUGUGAAAUGAGACGGUCUAGUCUACAGAUGUUGCAUGUUUGCGUGACCACGUGCUGCCCUGUUAUGGUGAAAUGUUUUAUGUCACAUGCCUUCAGUUGUUUUUUUCAUGUUAGAACUUCACAAAAUGCACUAUUAUUAAAAAAAAUACAUAAAAAUAAAUAAAA